AUGCUGCUGUCCGAUUUCGUAACUUUCCACUUGCAGAUCAAAGGCCUCAGCGUGCGGUUAGCUGAUGCUAAGAGGCAACUGGAGGAGCAGAGCCAGAUUCUGCAGUCGAAGAGCCUCACAUUGAUAGAGAAGACCAGAGCAAUGGAGGAGCAAGAGGAGCGAUGUAAUCGGCUACAGCAUGACCUCGAAGAGCAAAAGAAAGAGAAACAGGAGCUGGAACAAAAUCGAAAAUCUGUUCGCGAAGUCGAAAUCAAGUACAAAAAGCUCGAAAGCAUUUUCGAACAAGAGCGGGAGAAGAUGAAUGGUGAAAGGAGUCGUGCAAAAACGGAGUUCACAGCACUGAAGAAAAUCGCGGACGAUGCCGAGGAGAUGCUUAAAACCACCACGCAGGAGCUUAAAAAGAAGGAAACCACGUGGAAAGCGGACAAGGCUAAUUUGGAAAGGGAGAUAGCAACUUUGAAGAAACAGGUGCAAGCAUGCAGAAAUGGAGAGGGAAGCGAACACGAGGACAAAGGUAAAUCAUGA